AUGAUGGAUGUGGGAGAGAGAGCGAGACCACCAGGGGAUGCGGCGGCCUCGUAUGCAUCCAAAGUGGUGGGUACGAAUGGAGGAGGUAUGCCGGUUCCAGAGAGUUUGAUUGAUGAUGCGUUUGUAUCUGAGAGGCUACGAGUGGAGUUUCCGAAUGGAGAGGAUGGAGAACCAUCGAUUACGAUUGAGUCGGAAGUUUUAGAAGCGAUGAAUGGGAUGUGGAAGCAGCGUAUGAUUGUUAGGGUUUUGGGCAGGAACGUCCCGAUCUCUGCCUUGAGCAAGAAGCUAAGAGAGUUAUGGAACCCUAAAGGAGGAAUGUAUGUAAUGGACCUACCCAUACAAUUUUUUAUGGUUCGUUUCGAGAAGAAGGAUGAAUAUUUGGCGGCACUGACAGGGGGUCCAUGGAGGGAUUUUGGCAGUUAUCUCAUGGUGAGAGCCUGGUCGCCGGAGUUCGAUCCGUUAAGAGAUGACAUCGUUACGACGCCGGUUUGGAUCAGGUUGACAAAUAUUCCAGUGAACUUUUACCAUCAAUCGACCCUCAUGGGUAUUGCCAAGGGUUUGGGUAAACCAGUUCGUGUUGACCUGACCACAUUGAAGUUUGAAAGAGCAAGGUUUGCGAGAGUUUGUGUAGAAGUUAAUCUUGCAAAGCCGUUGAAAGGGACAGUCCUAAUUAACGGAGAGAGAUACUUUGUAGCUUACGAAGGGUUAGCUGAGAUCUGUUUAAAGUGCGAAAUUUAUGGACACUUGGUUCAUGGAUGCCCAAGAACAAUUGUGGAAAGAUUGGCUGAAGUAGCUAUACAGACGGAGGCACAGUCAGCUACGCGAUCACCCACUAGACAAGAACCAAUAGUGCAGGAGAAUGGUUUUACUCCGGUGAGGAGCUCAAGAAGAGGGACACAGAUACUGCCUCGAUUGGUGAACGGCAGGACCGCGGAAGCCGGCGGGGAGACAGACAGGAAUGUCCAAGAGAUCCCGCGGACCGGGGGAAUCGCAAACAUUGCGAUAUCCAACAAAUUUGGAAAUUUCGCAAGCGAAAGAGACUCUAAUCUUUGGAGGGAAGGUGAAUAUAAGAAAGGAUUCGAAAAUGGUGAACAAGGAGAAAUGGGCUGGGAAGAAAGUAGUAGAAGGAGAGGAAGGCCCAAAAAUUUAAACAAUAAACCCGCUAGAGGUUUGGUGAUUGGGCCCACUAAAGGGGAAGUCAGUCUAUCGGAGUCGGGGAAACGACUGCGAGUGGAAAGUUUGGAGGCAGGGAGAGCUGGGGGUGCCUUCAGGGAGAGUGUGGCGGAACCCAAAGUUACGAAGUUCGAUACUGAUUUUCUUGCGUUAUUUGAGACCCAUGCGGGAGGGGAUAAAGCGAUGAAAAUCUGUCAGAGUCUAGGCUUUGAUAACUCUUUUCGGGUGGACGCCGUUGGUCAGAGUGGUGGUAUUUGGUUGUUGUGGAGGAAUCAUGCUGGAGCUCUAACGAUCUUGGAAUCGUCAGAACAGUUUAUUCAUGCACGUGUUGAGAUUGGGAGUGAGGUAAUUCACCUCAUAGCUGUCUAUGCUGCGCCUACAGUGAGUCGUAGGAGUGGGUUAUGGGGAGACUUGAAGCGGGUAAUUGAGAAUAUUGAUGAACCACUAGCUUUGGUGGAUAUGGGUUUUAGAGGUAACACUUUCACAUGGAAAAGAGGGAAAGAUACCCGGAGCUUUGUGGCUAAACGUUUGGACAGAGUCUUGUGUAGUGCUCAGACACGAGUAAGAUGGCAGGAGGCAGUAGUUUCUCAUCUUCCCUUUCUAGCAUCAGACCAUACACCAGUCUAUGUGCAACUAGAGCCUGAACAGAGAGGUAACCCCAAGAGGAGACUUUUUCGAUUUGAGGCGGCAUGGCUCAAACAUGAAGGUUUUAAGGAGUUACUUGCGGCAUCUUGGAAUGGGGAGAUGCGUACGCCUGAGGCGCUUGUGGCGUUGAAAGCAAAGCUAAAAAAAUGGAAUAAGGAGAUAUUUGGGGAUGUAAAGCAACAGAAAGAAAAACUAAUCAGUGACAUCAGGGGAAUUCAGGAGGAGCUGGAGAGGAACCCAACUGAUGAUUUGUUGUUAAGGGAAGCUGGCUUACAGAAGGUGUUUGAUGUGGUUCUAGAACAAGAGGAGAUGGUCUGGUACCAAAAAUCACGUGAGAAGUGGAUAGUGUUUGGUAAUAGGAAUACGAAUUACUAUCAUACGAAUACAAUUGUUCGGAGGAAAAGGAACAUAAUUGAAAUGCUGAAGGAUGAUGUGGGGCGCUGGGUAGAUCAGUCGGAGGAGUUAGAAAAGCUGGCCAUAGCUUAUUAUAAACGCCUGUACUCAACGGAAGAUAUCAAUGAAGUAAUUGAGAGAUUGUCGUCUAAACUUGCGGGAUUGAAAAGGAGAUUCUUGAGCUUGGCAGGGAGGAUCACGCUUACAAAGUAUGUUCUCGCAUCGAUUCCAGUACAUACGAUGAGUACCAUCGCUCUGCCGAUAUCUACUUUGGAUCAACUUGAUAAAAUUGCUCGGUCGUUUAUUUGGGGGAGCAGUGAGGGAAACAGGAAACAACAUCUGGUCUCUUGGAGAAAAAUCUGUAAACCGAAGAGUGAAGGUGGGCUGGGGAUAAGCGUUAAAGGAACUUGGUCACCAACAUGGAGAAGUUUGGUAUUGGGGCUGCGUGAGGUUGUUGUCCCGGGCUUGGCUUGGGUUCUUGGUGAUGGUCGUCGCGUACGUUUUUGGAAGGAUAAUUGGUUGUUGAAUGAGCCACUAUCUGAGUUGAGUACAGUGGAUAUUUCGGAAGAGAUGGUGGAGGUACGAGCUCGGGAUCUUUGGCAAACUGGCACUGGUUGGCAAACGCAUAUAAUAGAACCGUAUAUGUCAAUGCCAAAUCGUCUAAGGUUGGCUUCAGUGGUGAUUGAUGAUGUUACGGGUGCAAGGGAUAGAAUGUCGUGGGGAGGGAGCAAGGAUGGUUUAUUUUCUGUGAACUCAGCUUAUGCUUUCUUAACCAGGGAUGCGGAGCCGAGACCUAAUAUGGAAGCCUUAUAUCAGUGGGUUUGGCGUGUCACUACUCCAGAACGUGAUAAGGCUCGGGAGGUGAUAGAAGCAAAUGUAAAACUAAAGGAACAUGGGCAGAGCCGGGAACGUGUGGAGAAGCAGAUCUCAUGGAAUCGACCAACAAAUGGCUGGUUCAAACUGAACACGGAUGGAGCAUCUAGAGGUAACCUGGGACUUGCUACGGCGGGUGGGGCUAUUCGCGAUGAGUAUGGAGAAUGGAAUGGGGGUUUUGCAAUAAACAUAGGCAUCUGUUCAGCCCCUUUGGCAGAGUUAUGGGGAGUAUACUAUGGCUUGUGUAUAGCAUGGGACCGUGGGAUUCGUCAGUUGGAGUUGGAGAGGUAUCCUGGCUCCACAGAAGUGAUCCAGACUAGUCACGUGUUGCCACGUGUCGGUCCUCUGUUCCCGGCGAUGCCGAAAUGUUAA